AUGGCGAGCCAGGUUUCCGUUUUCGGGGCGACUCUAGUUGUAGCAGUUGCGCUGGGACAUUUCUACCCUCUUAUAAUUUCGCAGUGCAACUGCUACAACUGCGGUUGUUUCGGGCACCUGGCUCUCCAGUGCACCGCCUUCCGUCCACCACCUUCAAAGUCAAUGGAGGAAGACGAUCGUUCCGUCCCUGGCUACGACGAAUCCAUCGCGUCGCCGAUCAUUGCCGAAAACAUCUACCUGCUGUACGAAAAGCUUCAGACAAUUUUCUGCCGCAAGCACGGGCUCGUUAUCACUGUUCUCGAAGAUUCAGUAGAAACCACCAGAGAACUCGUAUCAGCAGCAACUACGAUCGACGCAACCGGAGAUCAGGGACCUCAAAGCCCUUCUGUCGACGAUGAGUGA